AGAGGCAGGCGCGUCCACCUGCACGCGCCGGAGCGCAGGGCUCAUGGAGGAGCCGCCGCCGCCGCCGCCGGAGCCGCCAGUGCCGCAGUAGCCGAUGCCCUGCCUCGCCGCCCGCAGCCCAGCCCGGACCGGCCGCCGCGCCGCAAGAUCUCCUCAGCAUCGUCCCUUGAAAUGACACGGAAUCACAGGAGGAAAGGGCAGCCUUUGGAUGAACAGAUGGAUGUUCCUUACUGAGGCAUGGUGGCAUGUCUCCUUCAAUGUCCUACAUCAAUAAUUGAAAACGCUUCUGAUCUUCUCUUGGACUUGCACUGGGGAACACAAACUUGGGAAGAGAGGAAUCUGCACAACAGCUUGUGACAAAAGAAGAAAAUGGUGCUGAAAUAAUCUUAAAAGAGUGGCCAUUUGAGCAGAGCAUGGAGUGAACAACUUGAUGGAUGACCAACAAGAUAAGGAAUGUGCCUCGGAAGACCAAGAAACAAUCUUGAUUAAUGGGGUGAAAGAGGAUGAAUCGAGCAAUCUUGAUGGUGACGACAAACCCCCGCGUGGGGCAGCGGACGCUGCAGCCCCCUUUCUGGCCGUGACAUCCACAGGAGCAGCUCAGAAAGAAAGCCGAUCCCAGCCAGCCCAAACUUCCAAGAAGGCCUGUUGGCUGAGCCCUCCUUCCCCCCUGAGACUGGCCGAUGUCCCCGACCACAUUUCCGAUGACUCCUCCUCCGUCCAUGCCAUUUCCCUCACCUCAUGUGUCACGAAGGGCAUGAGCGCCUGGUCCCUGCCGGGAGACUGUGAGAAGGCCCCCUUCAGCAUGAUGGAGCCCGGAAGCAUGUCUGCCUUCACUGGCGACUGCCUGAUGCAGCCGAGUCGGACCUGCCUGGGUUGCUUUAUUGAGUCGAAGGACAGCCUGGAUCCAGAACCUGGCAUAAGCCUUAAAGUGGGCGACAUAAAUAGGGAUUACGACACCUGUUCGGUCUCCGACAUUGGGAUCCACUGCAUGAGCACGGGAGAGACCAUGCGAUAUGGGGACCAGCUUCUUUCUGACCAGCUUCUAAGCUUCCCCGUGCAUAAAUCGAGAGCAGCCGACAAACGGGAGGCAGAUAAAUCCGACAGUGACUCGGAGGAUCCGACUCAGAAAAACUAUUACGAGGGAUUACUUUUGGACAAGUGCAAUGGGGAGGAACCUUUACUAACCAACCCCAACCAGGAAUGGGGUUAUUUUGAAUCUUUCAUCAGUGAAAGCAAAAUCGAGCUCCUUGACCUUUGCUCCAAAAAUGAGCUCUCUGUAAAUCUGUUUUCCGAGGAGGAUGUGGAUAAUUACAUGUUUGAUGACGAUGAUUCGACCUUGGGAAGUGAUGUCUGCUCUUUAAAGAUUCGUUACGAAUCCUUCCAGGACAAUGUGAAGGAGAAAACAGGGGGCUUGCAAGAGGACACCCAGUUUAACUUCUUCCCCAGCGUGUUUAGCGGGUGUCCAAAAAGGGACAGUAGGACUGCUCUGAAGAGGGGACCUCGAGGGGCAACUGAUCCUUCUCAAUUCAAAUCUGAGGAGACCAUCAUCUGGGGGGAAGAGGAGGGGGAUGGACAGCAGGAGGAGGACGAGGAGGAGGAGGAAGAGGAGGAGGAAGACGAAGAGGGAGGUGAAAGUGAGAAAGUUGCCUUAAACAAAUCUUGCACCAGUACAGAACUUGUACAGUACAUCAGUCCCAAAAGAAAUCACUUCUUGGAACUGGUGAACUCCACAGAAGACUCGGGGGAGUCCAGCGAUGACAGCACCUGCACCGAAUCGUCUUUUGAUGUGCUUCAAGACCUGAAGAACUGCAACAAGUAUCUCCCCCGGGACCAUUCCAGCUCCUUCAUCCAACAGAAUUACGGCCUGCGAGCCAAAAGGAAAGUGCGAUAUAGCGACGAUUACCUUUAUGACGUGGAUUCCAUCGAGAGUGAGAAGAUCGUGGACAAGAAGGAGUGGAUCCCAGACGGUCCCAAGGAAGAAGACGAUGAUGACUGGUGUCCCAAGAAGAGGAGGAAAGUUUCUCGCAAGGAGCCCCCCGUCAUCAUCAAGUACAUCAUCAUCAACCGGUUCAAAGGAGAGAAGCACAUGUUGAUCAAGCUUGGCAAAGUUAACCCUGGCGAGAUGACGGUGACCUUGAGCGAGGAGUUGUUGAGCAAAUAUGCCAGGUUGGCUCCCCUGAAGUCGUUUUGGCAAGAGAGGUGGCAGACCCGCCUCAACUUCCUCAAAUCCGCCCUCUACCACAAGCAGAGUUUCUAUCUCAAUGGCUCUGAGGUGGCCUUCCUGUCCCACCCACGCAAACGCAAAGGCAAGAUAGCCCACCGGCACCGGAUCCAGAGGAUUAAGGCCAUCGAGCAGCCCGUGGGCAAAGGUGGCUCUUGCUCAUCAGAAUCCAAGCAGCUCUGUUGCAGGAUCGCAGAUGAGGAAGGGGGCCUGAAGGGGAUCCGGGCCAUGGCCAUCGCCUCCCCCAGCUGCGUCAAUGGCCUCCAUCUGAGCGACAUCGCUGGCCUGGCCCUCCCUCGAGGCAAAACCCAGGAGAGGGCAUUCAAAGGGCCCGAGAGAAAAGUCUUGCGCAGGAUCAAAUUCAAAAGUGAGGCCAGGUUGAAAUGCAAGCGACUCAAAGCGGCCACCGCCCUGGCUGAGGUUUCAGCAGCCUUGGAGAAUCCAGAGUCGGCCACGGGGUUAAAGGACAAAAGCGCGCCUUGUGCUGCAGAUGGCUCUCCUCUCUCAGAGAGCCAGGAGGACAAACUGGCAAAAAAUGCCCUUUCCUUCCUACCCACCACCUGCACUUCAGACAAGCCAGCCGCAUCUGCUAAUCUGACGGCAAACUUGCCCCUCAUCCCUGGUGGGUACCUGCAGACGUUACUGGAUGCCUCCGACUUGUCCCACAGCACUGGGGUUGCGUACUUCAGUCCUGCACCCUCAGGGCAGCAGCAGCAGCAGCAGCAGCAGCAGCCGCAGGAGACCCUCCCCAGCCUCGUUCAAGCAGAGAAGGCCUUCUGUGCCCUGCAGCCUGCCCAGAGCUGCAUUUUGUCCCCACCAUCUGAAUCAGAGUUGCAGCAGUCCCCGAGUCCCCUGGAGAUCGAGCCCAGCAACUUCCAAAGUGUUUGGCCGGCUGGCAAGGUGGGCAGCCCGAGCAGUCAGGGCUUUGCUGGGCAGCUCCCAGAUGCCUCCCUGCUUUCGGCUGCAGAGUUUGGUAACUGUACAGGGUCGGAUGGCCUGCCAGCUUCGGGAUACAACCAAGUCCCUCUGAGCAACAGCAAAUUAUUAUACCAAAAAAAAUUGCUCCUGGAGGGCCAGCAGUUGCAGUCAGAUGACUCCUACCAGUCUUGUCCCUUCGGUAACCGAGAGGGGAAUUUCCCUUUCCAGAGAGGCACGCUCAGCACCGAUGAUGGAAGACUUGUGAGCUUCGAUUCCAUGGGCUCCCUUUCCGCUGCCUCUAGCAACUAUAGCUCCUUGAGUUUAAAGUCUUGCGAGAAGGAUGGAGAUGAUGAAAUUGCUGAUGACUUCUUGGCCCACUGCAGCCCCAAACUGGUGAUUCAGCAAAGCAUCGAUGAAAUAACGCCCUUGAAGGAGUCCACUGAUCUUCUAGAUAUUUCUAACUUCACCCCCGACAAGUUCCGCCAGUCGUCCCUUUCGGAAAUGUCUCCUCCGGAUACCCCCAACCUUUCCCCACAGAUUGCCGGGCCAGAAACUAAAACCCUGGGCAAUAUGAAGUGUUUCCCGGACGGCUCCCAAGUGGGGUUAAGCAACACCGAGAAGGGGAACUGGAGCUGUGGUGUUCUUCAAGCUCCAGACCAGGCGGAUAAUGGAUUCACUUUAAAUAAUCAUCAGUUUCAGUUCCAUAUGUUCACCGAUGAGGAUUCUGUCAGCCUCCUCGAAAAAAACCCAUCCUUGUCAACUUUUAAUGAGCCAUCUGCCCAAGUUAGCACCAAUAGCAAAGCGACAAAAUCCAAGAGGAGAAGUUCAAGUAAUAAAAAUUUGGGUGCCAACCAAAGCCCAACCCAGAAAAACGUUCGUAAAAAAUCCCCCAAAGCCAACAAAGGCUCUGAAAAGGCCCCCAGCAGAAAUUCCAGGCAGUCUCCCAAAACUUCCAGGAAAGGAAAAAACGGGGCAGGGGUUAAUGGAGAAAAGACCCUCGCCUUGGGCGAUAGAGUAGCUGGUCUCUUGAACAGUUCAAACUCCUCAUCAAAAACGUUGAUUGAGUCCAUCCAGCAGGGCAGCCCAAACGCCCUCCGAAUAGGGAAGGCCAACGGUCUGUCUGGGGAAUGGCCGCUGGGGAAGGACAGUAGCGGUGGCUGGUCUGAAACCAGCAUAGGAAGUGCCAACAGCCUUCUUGAUGAUGAUCAAAGAGAAUUUGAGGAGCCUUCCAACAUUUUGUCAAACAUUGCAUCUGGCAUGGCAGAUGUUCAGAGAUUUAUGAUGGCCUCCAUCGAGCCCUUGUGGGGGCCUGUGGGCCACAGCGAUGUCUCUGAUCUCUUCCGAUCGCCCGAAUCAAACAGUCUGAAACUGAAAACUCUUAAGAUCCUGGCUGGCACGUCUCCCGAGUCCAAGAAGAAGGUCAAUGGCAGCUCUUCGGGAGUGGGACGCAACCACAAAUCGGGGAACAAGGGCUUGAGUAAAACCGGCAGCCGAGCUGCUCCGGGCGAUCCGGGACGUUCCAGUUCAUCCGCCGGCUAUGCCACAGACAUUCAUUCUCCUUUUUUUGAUAAAAGCUAUAGUAAUCUGAGCACUUUAGCCAAAAAUGAACCUACCCAUAAAAAGCUCUACCGACACAAAUCCACGUCAAAGUCCCUGCGUGACGAGAACUGCAAAGUCAAGCGGGCAGAGAGAGAACAGGGCCACAAAGACCCAACCACAGUAGUUUCCUUUGAAAAACUGAGGGAUACAGACUGCAUUCUUCUUAAGGCAGAAACAGCAUUUGGGGGUUUACCUGUGUUUGGAGAAGAGCUGCUGUCUUUUUCUAGGAAGAAGUUUGAAGUUUGCUUGGUUCCCCAACCCUUCUCCGCCCCCACCCCUUUUUUUAUUCCCGUUUGUUUACCCCACGUCUUUCUUUUGCUCAAAAAGAGGGGAAAACGCAAUGCCUUGUCAUAUGUCCAAGUGUUUAAAGUGCUGAAAUGGAAAGUUAGAAAUUGUGAGAGCUUUGGAAGCCAAUCUUGUUCCAAAGGCCUCUUCUUGUAGGAUAAUUGCUGCCCUCUGACCAACACCACAAAUUGUGCCAAACUCCAAGCGUUGUACUGUACAUACUUUUACAUCUCUUCUGGGUUGUGAAUGUUUAGUGGUGCUUUUUCUUUCUUGAUUUCUUUCUUUUAAUUUGACGAUAAACAUUCCGGUGAAACAGCUGGCCAACUCUCUUAGACAGCCACCGCCACCCAAAGGUUGAGGAUCUGUUUGCUCCUGAGGUACUGAAUGUUUUACGGACCUACCUGAGUUCUCUGUGCCAAAUUGACUUACCUCAUUGAAUGGCUGUUUUCCUGUGUCUCACAACUCUAAAAGAAGUGGGAGAGGCUUUAAAAAAUAGGGAUAGCUGGGCCCUCCCCAAAAUCUGAAUCAAUAUAUAUAUAUAUACACACACACAUAAAUAGAAAACAAGAUAGUAAAAAAAAUAAUUAUAAUAUUAAUAACUCAAAGUAACAGUAUUGGAAAUUCAAGCGAUUGCAUUUAGUGGUUUUAAAAGCAGCUGUUUUUCUAUCACCUGUUUUGUUUUGAGCCAAGCUUCCCAGCAGAAGAUAAUUUCAAAAGCAAAGUUGUAUUGUUGGCACUUUGUAUCCGUUUUCUAUAUUUUGUAAUACAAACCUGGGAAUUUUAGAAAAAAAAAGCCGUCUGAAAAAAAAAACCAGAGCGAUGCAUUUCAUAGACACUAUAUUGAUAUUUCAUUUUGAGCUUUUUUGUAACCAUUUUUAUGCUCCUUGUUGCAGGAAAAACUCGCUGACUCAAAAAUAUGAUGUUUUCUAAAUGUUUUAACCUUUGCAAUGACGAUAUUAUUUGAAGGUUUGUAAAAAAAAAAUUGAAUCAAAUGUAAUUGUUAAUGCAAUUCCAGAUGUAAUGUCAGCCCUCUCACCUGCCAGGGAACGUGGAAUCAACCUCCCAUCAUCCCUAACUGUGAAUGUCCAGGAAUGUUAGGGGCUGCAGUCCACAUAUCCAGAGGGGCACGGAUGGGGGGAGGGAAGAGGGUCCUGAGGGGGCAAGAAAAGAGUCAA